AUGAAGUAUACCGCUCUUUUGGCGGCUUUUGCUGCCCACGCUGCUGCUGUCAGUGUUUCCGGCUCCGCUGAGGGUUUCGCCGAGGGAACCACUGGUGGUGGUGAUGCUACUGCUGUUUACCCGACUACCACUGACGAGCUGGUCUCGUACCUUGGUGACUCGGAGGCUCGCGUGAUUGUUCUUACUAAGACUUUCGAUUUCACUGGUACUGAGGGUACCACUACCUCCACUGGUUGUGCUCCUUGGGGUACUGCUUCUGGCUGCCAGGUUGCUAUCAACCAGGAUGACUGGUGUACCAACUACGAGCCCGAUGCUCCCAGCGUUUCCGUUACCUACGACAACGCUGGUAUCCUGGGUAUCACUGUUGCCUCCGACAAGACCCUUCUUGGUGAGGGCACUGCCGGUAUCAUCAAGGGUCGUGGUCUCCGUAUUGUCAGCGGUGCUGAGAACAUUAUCAUCCAGAACAUUGCUGUUACUGACAUCAACGCCGAGUACGUCUGGGGUGGUGACGCCAUCACCAUCGACGAGGCCGAUCUGAUCUGGAUUGACCACGUUACCACUGCCCGUAUCGGUCGCCAGCACUACGUCCUCGGUACCUCCGCCGACAACCGCAUCAGUUUGACCAACAACUACAUCAACGGUGUUACUGACUACUCCGCAACCUGUGACGGCUACACCUACUGGGGUAUCUACCUCGAUGGUGACUCCGACCUCGUCACCCUGAAGGGCAACUACAUCUACCACACGAGCGGACGUAGCCCCAAGGUCCAGGGUAACACUCUCCUGCACGCCGUCAACAACUACUGGUACGACAACUCCGGCCACGCAUUCGAGAUCGGUUCCGGUGGUUACGUCCUCGCCGAGGGCAACGUUUUCCAGAACAUCGAUACUGUUGUUGAGUCUCCCAUUGAUGGAGAGCUGUUCACUUCUCCUAGCACUAGCGUUAACGAGAUUUGCGCCACCUACCUCGGACGUGAUUGCGAGAUCAACGGAUUUGGAUCGUCCGGUACUUUCAGCCAGGCUGAUGAGGGUUUCCUGUCUGACUUUGAGGGCAAGAACAUUGCUUCUGCUACUGCCUACACUGAGGUUGUGGCCAAUGUUGAGGCCAAUGCUGGUCAGGGUAACCUGUAA